AUGAGCAAUUCCUUAGAAGAAAGAUUGAAAGAACAUUCAUCAGCUUUUGACAGCUUGUUGUCGUUAAUCCCGGCAAAGUAUUUCUACGAUGACGCAACACAGGAUCAGUGGCAGCAAAAGAAAGCUUCGAAAGCAGAGGCUAAACAGAAGAAAAGGGCCAAAUUCAAUCCGUCUAUAAAAGAGAAUGCAGAUGAAUAUUUGAAUUCCUAUGCUACUGCAAAGGAUGUAAUGGAAAAUAAACUGCAGAAGCAAAGUGCUACACACGCAUCGGAGCAGGAAGAUGGAUUGAAUGGCAUCGCGCAGGACACCUCAUCGGUGGUGGAAUUAGAAGUACCGGAGAAAGGCGAAGCGGAAGAAGAAGAAGAAGAAGAAGAAGAAGAAGAAGAAGAAGAAGAAGAAGAAGAAGAAGAAGAAGAAGAAGAAGAAGAAGAAGAGGAAGUUUUAAUCACACCAGGAACUAAUUUAAUUUUCGAUGAUGAAGGAAAUGAAAUUGCAAGCCAGGAGCACGAACUAAAGAAGACACCAAAGAAUGGAAGCAAAUCAAAGAAACAACAAUUGUCAGAAGAAGAAGAGGCAAAGAGGAGAGAAAAUUUGGCCAAGUUGAAGGAAAAAUUAGAGUCCAAGAUUAACACCUUGCGUGAAAAGAGAAAAGCUGUUGGAACUAAAGCGACAGGUGCUCCAACGUCUCGUGAGCAAAUACUUGCUGAACGAAGGAGAAGAGAGGAGUCAAAAUUAAAGAAACGAAAACGCGAGGAGAUGGAUGAUAAUGAAGAUGAAGGGGAUGACAAUGAUGACUCGGGUGAAUCAGACGAUGAUGAUGAAAAAUCAGACACCGAGGACAAUGCUGUCUUGUAUGGUAAUAUUGCAUUCCUGGAUGGAUCUCAACUAACAUCAAACUUGUCAGGUAUUCGUCGAUCAGCAGAAAAGAAAAAGAAACAAGGUCCUGCUAAUAAGGAUAUCAAAGCUCAUUUAUUGAAAUUGGAGAAGAAGAAGAGAAAAUUGGAAAACAUGCCACUGGAAGAGCAAGCAAAACAAAAGGAAAAGGACAAGUGGCUGAGGGUUAUGUCACAAGCAGAAGGUGUCAAAUUAAAAGAUGAUGAGAAAUUGUUGAAAAAGGCAUUGAAAAGAAAGGAAAAGAAAAAGUUAAGAAGUGAAAUUGAGUGGAAAGAGCGACAACAAGUGGUUAAAGAUACAGUUGCAGCCAGAGCAAAAAGAAGAGAAGAAAAUCUAAAAGCUCGUAAAGAAGGUAAAGGACAAAAGAGGAAAAACUUGCCCAAAUUGAGGAAAUUUACUGGUGUUGUCAACAAGAAUAAAAAUGGGCAGAAUAAUAAAAAGAAAAGAGCAGGGUUUGAAGGAAGUGCCAAAUCCAGGUCCAAAAAGUAA